AUGAGGUGUCCUGGUGCAGUACAUUCACUUGCCUGGGAACAUCACAAGCGAGUGAUUCAGCUGGGUUCCAGCCACCCGGAGGCCUAUUACAAAGUCGGGAAUCUAACGUUUGGUGAGAUUAUCCGGGAGCAACACGUGGGCAACAUCGAUUACGUACAGUUAUUCACGGAAGAGGUUUGGUCGUUUGUCCUAACCGGCGUCAGUGUGGAUGGCGUCAUCGUAAAAGAUCUCGCAGCUGUCGUGACCAUAGAUAGUACAAAGCCUUAUAUUCUGGGUCCAAGUGACAUCAUAUUAGCUAUCCAUCAGAGAUUAUCCUUCUUAUCGGAGGAGAAUGGACUAUAUCGUGUCGAGUGUUCUCUGCUGAACAGUCUGCGAGAUCUUGCCUUUCAUGUUGGCGAAAAAGAGCUGAAACUUUCUGUCGAGGAUUAUGUCAUUCAGACAAUGGCUCAAGGUGUUCCCCAUUGCUACUCCGCGUUGAAACACAAUCCAUCGUCCCGCCGCUGGAUUUUUGGCAUUCCUUUCUUACAAGGUUUCUUCACGGUCUUUGAUCAAGGCAGGAAGCUAUUAGGGUUUGCCAAACCCAACUGUUAA